CAGCAACACUCCCCCCAGGCCAAUCUUGCAGUGCUCCAUCCACUCAUCUAUCCUCUCUCGCGUUGCUAGGCCUACCAGCGAGCGACGAAGCUACCAUGCUCGGCCUCCGCGGCCUCGUCGCCGCGCCCGCACCUGCCGCCGCACCACCACCGAGGGGGCGGUGCAGCGCCGCCGCGCCGCCGGAGAAGGCUGGCCGGGUUUCCUUGGCCGUCCCAGCGGCCGCCGCGCUCUCGCUGGUCCUCUGGACCAAUCCAGCGAGCGCCGGCAUCCUGUCAGGUUUCUCGGGGUUGGAGUCGACGCCAGGCCCGGACCUGCCCCGGCUCGAGUUCCUGGAGAAAUGGAAUGGUCUGCUGCUCAGCUCAGUCACCUUGUUCAGUUCAUCCGAGAACCAGAAGUACGCCGAGUUCGAUAACAGGUUCAAGAACUCCAAGGUACUGCAGGACUUGCUCGAGAAGUCCAAGAAGAACAAGGAGAAGAACGAGAGGUUGAUCCAGGACAAGUACUGCCUGCGGGGCGCCGAGUGGGGCGUCGGGGACUGCUCCACAGAGGGCAUGUCGGAACAGGAGCGGGAGGACUUCAUCUCGGAGCUCAAGAAGAGAACUGGAGCGGAAUAGCGAGCUGACGGCCUCAUCUCUAGCAUAUUAACGAGGAGGGGGGAACACUUCGCCGGUCGCCGCCGCUAUUUUUGGGGAAUUGCCUUUUUUAUUACCAUGGGGGUUCUAAUCUAGGAAGGCCGACGAAAUGUUCUUUCCGAGCGCACUGGGAGUAUCAAGAGAAUGUACACGACCAUCAAACGACCUCAAAAUUUAUUACAAUGUACAUGCACCAAGCGGAAAGUGCAUCUGCAGCAGCAAA